UGACACUCGUUUCUUUUGCCGAAGGCAGCCGUUGAUUAGGUUGUCGCUGUUCUUGUCAUUUUACUGACGUUUCAAAAACCGGUAAUUUGUUUAAGCAGCUUGACUAAAUAAUUUUGUACUAUUCAUCACUUACACUUGAAGAAAUGUGUGGUAUUUUCGCAUAUCUUAAUUAUCUAGAGCCUCGCUCAAGGAGAGAAAUUUUGGAAAUCCUUAUUAAAGGUUUACAACGUCUUGAAUACAGGGGAUAUGACUCGGCAGGUGUUGCUUUUGAUGCUGAUCAAAAUGGAAAUGGCGUUCAGAUUAUUCGUAGAAGUGGCAAAGUAAAGAUGCUCGAGGGUGAAAUUUUUGGUUCUAAAGAGAUUGAUUUUAAUGAAGAGUUUGAUGUACAUGUUGGAAUUGCACAUACUCGCUGGGCUACUCAUGGAGCUCCAAGUGCCAGCAACAGUCAUCCACAGAGAUCAGAUCCAUCGAAUGAGUUUGUGGUUGUGCAUAAUGGAAUCAUAACCAAUUAUGCUGAUAUUAAAAAGUUCCUGUUGAACCAAGGGUUCAAAUUUGAAUCUGAUACUGAUACUGAAGUAAUUCCAAAAUUGAUUCAACAUAUUCAUAAUUUGAAUCCUGAUCUUUCAUUUAGAGAGCUUGUUGAACAAGUAAUACAACAAUUGGAAGGUGCUUUUGCAUUGGUUUUCAAGAGUUCGAAAUAUCCAAAUGAAUGUGUUGCAUCAAGACGUGGAAGCCCUUUGCUUGUUGGUUUUAAAAGCGAGACCACUUUAGCUACUGAUUAUAUUCCAGUUUUAUACAGUAAAGAGCUGGAGAAGCAAAACAAAUCGGAUGCCAAUCUGGGACCAGACUUACAUGCCCAUCAACUGCCUAUUGAUACUGUUCAAACGGAAGGUAUACACAGGUCUGAUUCAACAACAGAAUUCCAUCCUGCUGGAGAUAAAAAAGAAGUUGAAUAUUUUUUUGCAUCUGAUGCUAGUGCUGUUGUAGAACAUACAAAUCGUGUUAUAUAUUUAGAAGAUGAUGAUGUUGCAGCUAUUAAAGAUGGAAAUUUGACCAUUCACCGCUUGAAACGAACUCUUGAUGAGUCGACUGCUCGAGAAAUCAUUACGUUGAAAAUGGCAAUUCAGGAAAUCAUGAAGGGUAGUUUCUCGUCCUUUAUGCAAAAGGAAAUAUUUGAACAACCUCAGUCAAUUAUAAAUACCAUGAGAGGAAGAGUGAACUUAGAUGCUGAAAGUGUAGUUCUUGGUGGAAUUAAAGAUUAUAUUCCUGAAAUAAAAAGAUGUCGCCGAAUAAUAAUGAUUGGGUGUGGAACAAGUUAUCAUAGUGCAGUUGCUACACGCCAAACUGUUGAAGAGCUUACGGAGUUGCCUGUUAUGGUUGAACUUGCCAGUGACUUUUUAGAUAGGAAUACGCCAAUCUUUCGUGAUGAUGUUUGUUUUUUUAUUUCCCAAUCAGGUGAAACGGCGGACACUUUAAUUGCUCUUAGAUAUUGUAAGCAGCGUGGAGCCCUAAUUGUUGGUAUAACCAAUACAGUUGGUUCUAGCAUUUGCAGAGAAAGUCAUUGUGGUGUGCACAUAAACUGUGGUCCUGAAAUUGGUGUUGCAUCAAGCAAAGCUUACACAAGUCAGUUUUUGUCUCUUGUCAUGUUUGCAUUGGUUAUGUCUGAAGAUCGAAUCUCCAUGCAGUCUCGACGUAGUGAAAUUAUAAGAGGACUUCGUAAGCUGCCUGAACAAAUUGAAGAAGUUUUAAAACUAGAUUCAGAAGUUUUAAAAUUGUCACAAAUGUUGUAUCAACAGAAAUCUGUAUUAAUUAUGGGUAGAGGCUAUAAUCAUGCAACAUGCAUGGAAGGUGCACUGAAAAUAAAAGAACUUACAUACAUGCAUUCAGAAGGAAUUCUUGCUGGUGAGCUUAAGCAUGGACCUUUAGCUUUAAUUGAUGAUGCAAUGCCUGUGAUAAUGAUCAUUACAAAAGAUCCUGUUUACACUAAGUGCAUGAAUGCCUUACAACAAGUCAUUGCCAGAGGUGGAAAACCAAUUAUAAUAGGUGAAAAGGAUGAUAACGAAACUCUCAAGCAUUCAUUUAGUUUCUUAAAACUUCCUCAUACUGUGGAUUGCUUGCAAGGAAUUUUAACAGUUAUUCCUCUUCAGUUACUAUCAUAUCAUAUUGCAGUUCUGAGAGGAUGUAAUGUUGACUGCCCACGUAAUUUGGCUAAAUCUGUCACUGUUGAGUAAACUUUAUCUAUUUAUUGUAUGCAUUCCAGAAAGUUGUGUAUAGUGUUGAACUAUCAAUAUUUAAUUUAUACAAUUGUUUUAAAAUCUUAAAAUUUUAAAUAAUUUUACCAUGAGCUACUUUGUUACCCAAAGCGGUACUUUUAAGUAAUAGUUAUGUAGAGUUUGAUAUUUUAUCUUGAACUAUGCUGAACUUUUAUUUUUCAUAUAUAAAUUUCCAAGAGUUUAAAUUAUAAAAUUCUUUGAAGAAUUGUGCAAAAAUGCUUGUGAUAUAUUUGAUAUAUUAUGAAAAUUGUAUAGUUUCAGUGAAA